GGAAGCUGUAUCGCAUGUAUCAGUGUUUAGGGAAGUGUUGUGUACCCUUUAGUCCUGCCUUUUGAAAAUCCUUGUGUCCACGUUAUAUUAUUACAAUCAUAAGCCACGUAAUUGCAUCAACCGACAUCUUUAAAACGAGUGUGUUGGAGGUAGUGUAAAACAUCAGAAAAGCGCUGCUGGGAAAAAAAGUUGCAUGCUGUGGUUCCAUGUACAGUACUUUGAAAGAUCGGAAAGGAAGACAGUGAAACCGAGCUUGUCAAUUUUAGCCCAAAGCAAACGGGGGACACAUGUAAUAUAAAUAUCACCCUCUCUGUCAUCAGUAGCGUUUUAUUUUUACAAUAAUGUCUGAAUUUAUUUUAUUGGCACUGAUCUCCUUUCUGUUCCUGUUUUUGCUUUUGACUGUUUUGGGAGUCGUGCUGUAUUCCGGACUGUUUACGGAGGUUAUUAUCCGGACAGGGUCCUCGCCGAUCAAGAAUAUCACCAUUGCCUACAAAUUCAAUCAGGGCUCGUAUAAAGACAGCGGGGCUGUCUUCACUGAGAGUUGCAGUAUCGGACCCAAGCUUUCUUCCAUCGGGGUGUACUACGAUGAUCCCAAGCAGGUGCCUGCAGAGAAGUGCCGCUACAUAGCUGGCAGUGUCCUGAGCGAGGGUGAGGAGAAGCCCUCCGAGGAGCUGCUCAAGCUUUACGAGAAGUAUGGCUUCAAGAUCUUCUCCUUUCCUGCUGUCACGCACGUCGUCAUGACAACCUUCCCGCACAACACCUUCCUGUCUAUCUUCUUGGCCAAUUGGAGAGUGUAUCCCAAAAUGGGAAGCUACAUCAAGGAACGGAAGUUGUGUGCCCAUCCCUUUCUUGAGCUCUACCGAGGUGACCUGAUUUACUACAUCUGCCCGCUGGCCAGGCAGGGGGAUUUCUAUGUGCUGGAGAUGAGGGAGACAGAGCGCAGGCAGAAAGAGAAGGAGGAGGACUCUGAGGACAGACAGACAGACAUCACAGGUGCUGACUCAGUCAGUGACAUAACCGAGAGUCGUGAGACUUCAAUGGCGACAUCAGUGGCGACGUCUGUGGCUCCCCAGGAACAAGAGGACGACAACAGGAGCAACGGGAGUGGCAAAGGCUCCAGCGACUCAGUCGGCAGUGGCUCCUCCUUUGAAGAUCUCGACCUGGAAGUGAUUGAGGAAGUGGAACCAGCAGUGGUCAACAAAGGCCAGAAUGUAACCUCAGAGGAGCAGGGACCAAUCCCAGUGGAAGGGGAGGAGUAGAAUCGAGGAGAAGCAGGAAAAUGUUUUGUUGCUUUUUGUUAAAAAAAAAAAAAGAAAAAAGAAAAAUGUAAAAGUAGUUCAAAAAAGUACAAAUGUAUUUGUUUUAAAUUACACCAGAAUAACCAUGAGAUUUUUUUGAUUAUUUGUCUCUCACAAAAUUUUUUAGUUUUAGAGACUUUCGUAACGCUUCAGAGCAAGCAAGGCAUGGGCAGAAGGGAUGGGGUGGGCAGGGAAUAAUGUUAAUAAUGGAAUAAUGUUUUUGAAAUAGCUUACCAAAGCUAGGCCGAAUAUAACUAUAGUUCUUUGUGUAUACUAAAGUAAAUUGUGAUCACUAUCAUUGAUUCAGUUUUGGUGACAGGUAGCAUUGCAAUUGCUAAACUGACAACCAGCUAUGAGCGGUCUGAAGCAUUAGAACUGGCUGUACUAUCAAUUAGGGGCUGAAGUACUGUAUGAUGUUUUCAUGAAUACAUGUGUGUGUGUCUGUAUUUCUGAGUUUGAAAAUAAAACCUGUUUGUAAAUUUCACUUUGUUAUAGUACCUAACGGCAGUUGUUUGUAAUGUAUAGCUUGAGUACUGGACAUAGUAAGUAUGGUUUCAUAACACUUGUCCUGAGUAAAAUCGUGUUUUGUGACUUUCAGAAAAGAUUUGUGUGUUCCUCGUUGUCACGAUAUUUAAAGAGUUGCCAGGUGGUGUCACAUACUGUACGCAGUCAUAUUCCAUGGAGCAAUCACCUAAACUGUUACAGCAUGACCAAUAUUAUUUUUGACACUAUGUAUUCCUAGCUAAUGCUUUUAUAUUGUUAGUUUACUGAUGGGAAAUGAUAAUAGUUUCACAGGAUUUUUUUGGUCUGUUUUAAUAAAGGGUCUUUUCCGCCUAAAAGUGACA